GAAAAGGCCUGAAGCCAGAAGCGUCAGGACAGCCCGGAAUAUGAGAAUGUACGUUGCACACCCUCUGACCGUCACCCGACCUUAGGGCAUUGAACAAAAAGUAGCCAGAGACGCUUCUGCUCGGUCCCGCCUCAGGCAACAUUUUAUCCAAUCACAGCUUUGCGGCAGGACUGAUGUGUCUUUCCUCCAACCACCGCCGUGGUACGAAGGGGUUGUCGGGAUGGUGGCCAUAGCUAACAUGGAGUCCUCGGUAGAAUGAGAUUGCCGUUGCUAGUUGCUCCUGUCUUACUGCUUCAUCAUGUUGGUUCACUUAUUUCGGGUCGGAAUUCGGGGUGGUCCAUUUACAGGCUGGUCGCUACAAUCCCUGCGCUUCCAGACGUUCUCAGCAGCCAGGUCCUCAGAUGACCGGUUCAGCUCAUGCCUCCUCCGGGCGGUGGCCCAGCUGCGGUCACAGCUCCGGGCUCACCUACCCCAAGUCCCAGCAGCUUCCCGACGGAGCCCCUCUGUCUGGUGUUGGGUUGGGGGGACCUUGGUGGUUCCUGCAGUGCUCUGGCAGCACCCCCGCCUCUGCCUUGUAGCACUGUGUGAAGCCAGAGGGUCCCUUUCUGCCCACCCCACGCCCAGUGCCCUGGAGCUGCGUUUUAACUGGAAGCUCUUCUGGCAUUUCCUUCACCCUCACCUGCUGGCCCUGGGGGUAGCCAUUGUGCUGGCCUUGGGUGCGGCACUAGUGAAUGUACAGAUCCCCCUGCUCCUGGGCCAGCUGGUGGAGAUUGUGGCCAAGUACAUGAGGGACCGUGUGGGGAGUUUCAUGUCUGAGUCCCGCAGGCUCAGUACCCAGCUGCUCCUACUCUACGGUGUUCAGGGGUUGCUGACCUUUGGAUACCUAGUGCUGCUAUCACACAUUGGUGAGCGCAUGGCCAUGGACAUGCGGAAAGCCCUUUUCAGCUCCCUGCUCCGGCAAGACAUUGCUUUCUUUGAUGCCAAAAAGACAGGGCAGCUAGUGAGCCGCUUGACUACCGAUGUGCAAGAAUUCAAGUCAUCCUUCAAGCUUGUCAUCUCCCAGGGACUGCGCAGCUGCACCCAGGUGAUUGGUAGCCUGGUGUCCCUGUCUAUGCUGUCCCCACGCCUCACGCUGCUGCUGGCCAUCGUCACACCUGCCCUCAUGGGAGUGGGCACCCUGAUGGGCUCAGGUCUCCGAAAGUUGUCUCGCCAGUGUCAGGAGCAGGUUGCCAGGGCAACAGGCGUAGCAGACGAGGCCCUAGGCAAUGUUCGGACUGUGCGGGCCUUUGCUAUGGAGCAGAGGGAAGAGGAACGCUAUCAAGCAGAGCUGGAGUCAUGCCGCUGUAAGGCAGAAGAGCUGGGCAGGGGCAUUGCCUUGUUCCAAGGGCUCUCCAACAUUGCUUUCAACUGUAUGGUCUUGGGCACCCUGUUCGUCGGGGGCUCCCUUGUGGCUGGGCAGCAGCUGAGAGGAGGAGACCUCAUGUCCUUCCUAGUGGCUUCACAGACGGUACAGAGGUCUAUGGCCAGCCUCUCUGUCCUGUUUGGUCAGGUGGUACGUGGGAUGAGCGCAGGUACUCGAGUCUUUGAGUACAUGACCCUGAGCCCCUGCAUCCCAUUGACGGGGGGCAGCUGCAUCCCUAGCAAGGACCUUCAUGGCUGCAUCACCUUCCACAAUGUCAGCUUCAGCUACCCCUGCCGCCCUGGCUUCGAGGUACUCAAGGACUUCACCCUGACACUGCCACCUGGCAAGAUUGUGGCCCUUGUGGGCCAGUCCGGGGGAGGAAAGACCACGGUGGCUUCCCUGCUGGAGCGCUUCUAUGACCCCACAGCUGGCAUGGUGACACUGGAUGGGCAUGACCUGCGUACUCUCAACCCCUCCUGGCUCCGGGGCCAGGUCAUAGGUUUCAUCAGCCAGGAACCAGUCCUGUUUGGAACAACCAUCAUGGAGAAUAUCCGAUUUGGAAAACUGGAGGCCUCUGACGAAGAGGUGUAUAGAGCUGCACGAGAAGCCAAUGCCCACGAGUUCAUCAGCAGCUUCCCUGAUGGCUACAGUACCGUAGUUGGUGAGCGGGGCACAACCUUGUCUGGUGGCCAGAAGCAACGCCUGGCCAUCGCACGUGCCCUCAUCAAGCAGCCCACUGUGUUGAUCCUGGAUGAGGCCACCAGCGCACUAGAUGCAGAGUCUGAAAGGGUGGUACAGGAGGCACUGGACCGGGCCAGCGCUGGUCGCACCGUGCUAGUCAUUGCCCACCGGCUCAGUACUGUCCGUGCAGCACACUGCAUUGUCGUCAUGGCCAACGGCCAAGUCUGUGAGGCUGGGACCCACGAAGAACUUCUCAAAAAGGGCGGGCUGUAUGCAGAGCUUAUCCGGAGACAAGCCCUGGAUGCCCCACUGACCUCAGCCCCAACUGCAGAGAAGCCUGAAGACCCCAGGAGCCACCAGUGGAAAGCCUGAGAGACCCCCUGGGGUCAGGUCACUGCAAAGAAUCAGUCUGAGGCUGGAGCUCCACUGGGGACAGAGCCCCUGAAGAGCCAGUGUGCCGGGAUGUAGCCCUGCACUCCUGCUUCCUUAAAGGACCUGGGCCUGGCCGCUGGGGUGGGAAGGUGGCUAUCCUCCCACCUGUCCUACGUCCUGCCUCAGCUCUGUGGUUACUAGGAUGGGCAUGGUGAGGCAAGUCCCUGAGGCACCUCUGAUUGACCCUUUCCCUCUGACCCAGUUCUACCCAACAACACAGUUAUUCAGGCCCUCACUCCAGGGGACUGAAGAUCAUGGUCUGGCCAGGCCUAGUCAAACCGGCUGUAAUCCAGGCACUUGGGAGAUUGAAGUAGGAGGAUCAAGGGGUUCAAGGCCAUCCUGGGCUACAUAGACCCUAUCUCCAAAAAAACCAAAAAUGAAUAAAUAUAAUAAAAGAAAUUUUUAAAGAG